AUGAAAUAUGCCCUGAAAACGUGUAAAGAACUUAUACCUGAAGUUUUGAAGUCUGUUCAGGCAGCAGCACAAGAGCCUCAAGUCCGAGUGUUCUCCACUAAAACAGGAAGCAGUGACCACCCUGGCAUCCUGGUGUGCAGCGCCUACAGUUUCUAUCCCAAACCCCUCACUCUGACAUGGUUCAGGAACGAGGAGGAGGUGACAUCCGGUGUGACAUUCACUGAUGAGAUGUCCAAUGGAAACUGGCUAUACCAGAAGCACUCCUACCUGGAGUACACACCUACAGCAGCAGACCACAUCUCCUGCAUGGUGGAGCACGCCAGCCUCCGCACUCCUAAACUCUACCCAUGGGAGAACUUUCCAGAGUCGAGAAGAAACAAGCUGAUAGUUGGGACUGGAGGGCUGCUGUUGGGACUGGCCUUUAUUAUAGUCGGUGUUGUUUACUAUAUAAAACACAUGAGAGGUCAUAUGUUGGUGCCAAAUUAAAGACAUGCUGAACAGAAAUGCAG